AUGUCAUAGGAUUUAUUAAAAGAAGUAAAGAAAUAGAAUUGUGAAAAGGUUAAGGAGCUAUUAGCUUCUAAGAGAGACAACAUCGACAUAAACUUCAUAGAUAGCAAAACUAAACUAGGAUUUUUGCAUUUAGCAAUAUAAAACUAUGAUUAUGAUACACUUUAAGCUUUGUUAGGUGAUAAACAUGAACAUAAUUAAAUAGAUUUAAAUUUACUGAACGGAGAUGGGCUAACUCCUCUUGCUCUUGCAUCAUCAUUAGGAUAUUUAGAAGGAGUAGAGCUUCUUUUAAAACAAAAAAAUAUAGAUAUUAACUUUUCUCUUAAUUAUGAAGACGGGAGAACAGCUUUUCAUGUUGCUUGUGCAAAUAAAAAUAAUUAGGAAGUCAUUGAUAAGCUAAUCAAAAGAGGUGCUGAUCCUAAUAUUGUUUCCAAAGGAUUAGGUACUCCUCUUAAGAUUGCAAUUGAUGAGGGAGAUAAUGAAAAAGCUAUAUGGCUAAUCCAUAAUCCCAAAGUUGACGUAAUGCUAAAAGAUGAUAAUGAUAAUACAUGCUUGCAUACUGCAGUAGAGGCAGGUUUAGGUGAUUUUAUUAAUUCAUUAUUCCAAAUUUUUUAGGAUAGAAUUUAAGAAAAGCCUUCAACUGCUGAAUUAAUUAAAAGCUUUAUGAACUAGUAAAAUGAUUAAGGAAAUACUUGCCUACAUUAAGCUGUAUUAAGUAACAGAUUAAGUAUAUAAAAGCUUUUAAAAUUAACUGGUGUUAAGUUAGGACUUGAUGUAAACAUUAAAAAUAAGUAAAAUAAAACAGCAGAAGACUUGUAAACAGAAAAAGAAGAAAAGAAAAAGUAGUAAGAAGCAUAAGAAAUGUAAAGAAAAAAUGAAAUAAAAGUAGAAAAAGCACAAGUAAAGGAAGAAAAAAGAAGAAUUGAAAAGCAAGAAAGAGAGCAAAAAAAAAAGGAAGAAGAAAACUUCGAAUAAAUUCAACAAGAAAUGCUUGAAAAGAAAUAGUAAACUAACAGAAGAGCCUUAUUUGUGUUUUUCCUUAUUUUCUUAAUGGUAUUUGCAGGAGUAGUUCUUUUCUUUUAGGCUAAAAAGAAUAUUGAAAAGUAGCCAUAUAUACCUAAACCAAGAACAGACUAUGAUGAUUUCUUGUGA